AUGAGCGGGAGCUAUUUAAAAGUGGAGAAAUACCGGCUGCCUGAGCAAACAAUCGAUUCAGAAAACAGUGCAGUCAUUGCAGUGGAUGUGGGAAGUGAAUUUACCAAAGUUGCUUAUUGGAAUCCGGAAGAUGGGUGCUCGAGUUUGCUGCCAUUAUCAGAAUCGAAUUCAAUUCCUACAGCAAUUGCAUACUCUGGACGAUAUAGCUAUGCGAUUGGCGUAGAGGCAAUUGAGAGAUUGCUCAUUUCUCCCAAGCAAGUGAUUCGUUAUUUCCCUGUCUUUCUGAAACAUCCGAUAACGGAUGAAUUGAUUGCAACCUACUCCUCCCUAACCGCCUGUGAAGUCAUUAGCAAUGCGGAAGAAUCUUUGAGAUGGCAUAUCAUUGUAAAUAACGAAAGCAUAAAGCUCUCCCUGCACGAUACUCAAUCCGAGUCGCAUCUCCACAAAUCGAUCUCUGUCAUGUUCCUCGUAGUUCCAGAGAUCACCGACGCGUUGCGUUCUUUCUUCUCCGUCGUUUCGCAGCGUCUUUCGAUCCAAAUCGAGCUGAUCGAAACGACGACAAGUCUCUGUCUUUCUUACGGAUUCUUUGAUAACCACGUUACGAAAAAGCUCAUUCUGUUUGACUUCGGAUGGGACUCGGUUCGCCUUUCCAUCGUGGAACACGCCAAUGAAUUCCGCGUCCUUCACGAGGCGGAGUUUUCCGAAUUAAGCGGCAGUUCGAUCGCUUCUUCGCUCGCGAAAUCGAUUCAUAGCCGCUAUGUGAACGAAUCCUCGUUCUCUGAUUGA